GGCGGCGGCGGGCGGCGGCGGCAGUCGGAGCGGCGGCCGCCCCCAUGUCGGGCCCGCGGGGCGCCCUGCAAGCCUGGUGCCGGCGGCAGUGCGAGGGGUACCCCGGCGUGGAGAUCCGCGACCUCAGCGCCUCCUUCCGCGACGGCCUGGCCUUCUGCGCUAUCCUCCACCGGCACCGGCCCGACCUGCUAGACUUUGAUUCCCUCUCCAAGGAUGACGUCUACGAGAAUAACCGCUUGGCCUUUGAAUUGGCAGAGCGGGAGCUGGGCAUCCCAGCCCUGUUAGAUCCCAAUGACAUGGUCUCCAUGAAAGUCCCUGAUUGCCUCAGCAUCAUGACUUACGUGUCUCAGUAUUACAACCAUUUCAACAACCCCAGCCAAGCCAGAGUCCCUCCGCCUAUGAAGCGCUCAGCUGCUGCCUCCUCGCCUCCUCUGCUGUCCCACAAGAAGCCUGUGGCUGCGGUCGAGAGUCCCCCGGCACCACAGGACGAUGCUCCCUCAGACGGGCCGGAGCAGUCCCAGCGCAGCACGCUCAGCAGUACCUGCGCAGCCUGCCAGCAGCACGUCCAUCUGGUCCAGCGCUACCUGGCCGAGGGCAAGCUCUACCACCGCCAGUGCUUCAGAUGUAAGGAGUGCUCCAGCACGCUGCUCCCGGGGUCAUACAAGCCUGGGUCAGAGGCAGGGACUUUCGUCUGCACGCAACAUCGUGGUAAAUUGACCAUGAGUGGAAAGACAGAGAGGAGGCCCAGCCCAGACCGACGGUCGCCAGAGCUAAGAACUGAAACUGGGGCGGGCAGCGUGGGUGAGGACACCGUCCCCGCAGGAGCAGAGGUGGGGAAGGAUGAUGGUGACUCCCUGGAGAGCAUUGCAGAGACCCGUGUGCCUGUGGAGGGGCUUGCCAGCCCAGUGGAGAAGGACAGCACGCCCAGCAAAGCAGAGACAGCGGUGCCCCUUGCCCAUGCAGGCAGCGGGGCACCCGUCUCCCAAACUCCCCCCAGACCUCCCCUUCCGAGCAAGCCCACCGUGCUCCCCCAGGACAAAGCGACCUCACUGGACGGACGGCUCAGAGACACACGGCCCACCCCUGCCCCGAGAAGGGCCACCGAUGCGUCAGCCCUCUCCCCUCCAGCCUCUCACCCUGUCCCCCGGCCCAGGUCCACUCUCCAGGGUGAGGGCAGCGAAUAUGGGCCUGGCAUGGUGAACGGUAGGGUACCUGAACCCAGCCCCCCUGUCCCAAAACCCCGAGGGAGACCCUGCUCCUCUGAUCGUGCUGGAGCUGCUGCAAGAGCCAAGGACCCACCAUGGAUAGCCUUAGUGCAAGCAGAGCCCAAGAAGAAGCCAGCUCCCCCUCCUCCCCCAGGCAGCAGCCAUGAGACUCCAAGCAGGACUUCAGAGGAGGAGGAUGGGGAGGGGGUGGGGAAAGCCAGGAGUGAGGAGAACAAGCCUGAUGUCACAGAGCCCAAACCAUACAACCCCUUUGAGGAGGAGGAGGAAGAGGAGAGUGCUGCUGCCCAAAAGAGCACGCCUGAGCAGGAGCAGAGUGAGAUUGCUGCCAAGCCUCUCCACCCCUGGUACGGCAUCACUCCCAACAGCAGCCCGAAGGCGAAGAAGCGGCCAGCUCCACGAGCCCCCAGUGCUUCCCCGCUAGCCCACCACCCUAUCUCCAGGCUGUCGCACUCUGAGCCAUCGUCCUCCACCCCGUCUCCAGCGCUCAGCCUCGAGAGCAUCAACUCUGAGAGUUCAGCCAAGGUGCUGGGUGAAGCCGAUGAGGCCCUGGUUCCCAAAAGCUCUUCCGAGCCCACCGUCCACACGCCGACAGCCACCAAGACCUCUAGCACUGACAGGCCACUGGCCAGCAUCUGCUCCGGUGAAAGUCCUGCUGCCCCGGCCAGUCUCUCCACCAACUCCUCCUUCUCGUCCUCCAGCGAGCUGGCCAACUUCAGUGGGGAGGCGCAGCCCAGCACCCCACACACCAGCAGGAGUAUCUCCACUGGCAGCUUAAAGACCAGCCCCAGCCGGGUGCCUCCCAAGCCUCCUGCUGGGGCUAGCCCUACACCCAUCCUCUUGGCUUCAGAUGGAGGUGCUGGGAGCCCUAAGACCCCCUCCUCGCCCAAACCACAGCUGAAGUCUUCCUGCAAAGAGAACCCCUUCAACCGGAAGCCAUCGCCUGCCGCCUCUCCCUCUGCAAAGAAACCUCCCAAGGGCUCCAAGCCAGUGCGUCCUCCUGCACCGGGUCAUGGCUUCCCCCUGAUCAAACGCAAGGUGCAGACAGAUCAAUACAUUCCUGAGGAAGACAUCUAUGGGGAGAUGGAUGCCAUCGAGCACCAGCUGGACCAGCUGGAGCACCGUGGGGUGGCCUUGGAGGAAAAACUUCGCAGCGCUGAGAAUGACAGCCCUGAGGACAGCCUGCUGGUGGACUGGUUCAAGCUCAUCCAUGAGAAGCACAUGCUGGUGCGCCACGAGUCAGAGCUCAUCUACAUCUUCAAGCAGCAGAACCUGGAGCAGCGGCAGUCGGAUGUGGAGUAUGAGCUGCGUUGCCUCCUCAACAAGCCGGAGAAGGACUGGACCGAUGAGGACCGAGGAAGAGAGAAGGUGCUGAUGCAGGAGCUGGUGACCAUCAUUGAGCAGAGGAACGCCAUUGUGAACUGCCUGGAUGAGGACCGGCAGAGAGAAGAGGAGGAGGAUAAAAUGUUGGAAGCCAUGAUUAAAAGGAAAGAAUUUCACAAGGAGACGGAGACAGAGAGCAAGAAGAAAGGCAAAUUCAAGCCCAUGAAGGUGCUUAAGCUGCUGGGCAACAAGCACGACUCCAAGAACAAGUCGCCCAAGGAGAAAAGCUAGAGCGGGGGAACACCAGCAGCGGGGGGGUGUGCUGCCCAACUGCCCUGGCCUCUGGGCAGCUCGAUGGGAUGCUGCCAGGAAGGAGGGAGGCUUGUGUCCCUCCGCUCCCCUUGCCUCUCCCCCCGCUCCCUCCCCAGGCACCGGAGCUCCUGUCCCAGGGAGGUGCCAGCCCUCUGCCCGGAGCGGGGGUCUGACCAAAGCGCUCCCCUUCCCGAGGCUGCAGAGGAGCCCGGCUGUCCCCUCCGUGAAGCCUUGCUAAUGAAGCGGGGAGAAGAUGGAUUCGCUUUGCGGAUACGUCACCCCGUUGCGUGUUCUUGUUAUUAACUGAGAAGCAAGCCAAGGAGUUUGGUGUUUGUGGGAAAAACUUGCACUAACUGCCCCCCAUCCCUUCUCCCGCUCUAACUGUGACAGUUCCACGUGCCUCCGACCUCUGCCAGGAGGGGACUGGGCCUGCCUGUCCCUCUCUGCCCGCUCUUGUCCCUUUCCUGACCCAUUUUUAACUUCAGGAGAAAACUCUGGCAUUAGAAUCGGGAUUCUUUAGGUUUUACUGGCCUAAACUAAAAUGUUAAGAAAACACUCUCGCAUCACAAGGCUCUAGAGCCACGGCCAAAAAAAUAACUGGUGCCCUAUUUAUUUUGAGCUGUCCCCUCCCUCAGGCACCAGGGCUGGGUGGGCUCCGUUACAGGGCUGAGAGGACCCCAGGGGACGGGUGUACAGCUGCUGGGACGCAGCUCGCUCUCCCUACUCAGGACAUCUUACCCCCCCGCUGCUGCUAAACACCGCUGACUCUGCUGCUUUUGGGGGGAGGGAGGAACAUUCCUUUUCCAGGCAAGGGCAGAAAAGCUCAAGACUGACUCAGUGCCGGCAAGGGACACUAAGCUGGUGUCCCUGCUUACCAGUGCCACCCUUGAGCGGCUGGGGAGAGAGGCACGGUCACAACUGACCUUUACCCAGCUUCAUCUGCGUAUACUUUAAAAGUGUGCAGGGGUUGGCUGGUUAUUUUUUACACCUUUCCUUUACUAGAGGAAUUCAAACCCACCCUAAAACUUUUUAAACCCCUUAUUUUAUUUGUCAUGUGUGUGUGCGUGUGUGUGUACAAUGGAGGAGGGAAUGGAGGGGGGCGGUGUUCUUCCAACCAUCCCUUUUUCCUUCCAUUUUUGUUUCCUGCCUUCUCCUCCAAGGCGAGGAGCUAUUUAUUGAAUUAUUGGAUCAGUCUGAAUUAGUGUUUCAUGGGUGUCUGGUUGGUCAGCUGUUCAUCAUGCCUUCUCAUUAGCAAAUUAGACAUAACCAGCCCCCAGCAAACUGCUGCAGUCCCUUCUAAAACCCCAACAGGCUUUAGCCAAAAGGCUCUCAGAGCCGUGCCUUGCAAGGGGGCUGGCGUAGCAUUCUGGAAAGGGAUCCUCAUUCCCCAAAAACCUGAGGGACCUGAGCCCCUCCUCAAUCCCAGCGUGGUCCCUGUGGCUGAGAGGUGACAAGCUCAGCCCCACGCUGGUGACACCAUCUCGCUGUUGCCGUGCCCCAGGCAGGCUGUAGAGGAGCAGUGGUAGGAGAGGUGGAGAUGGCAAAGCACAACUUUUCUCCAAGGAGAAACAAAUCUGCUUUAGAGCCUGCUGUCGCCUCACUGUUGCCAAAGGCCAUGGGGAUCGCUGCAGCCUGACACCCCUUGGCCCCACACCCGGUCAGAAAACUCUGAUUUGUAAAUCAUACUGUACUAACUCUAUUCACCUGAACAGAAAUAAAAGAAACCAUGGAUUUAAAAACUGA